UAUUAUAGGCUUCUUAUGAAGAUAUCAAAAAAGAUUUUAGAAAACAAUUCAAGAGACAAAUCUUUUGUCAAAAACAAUUACUCUUUUUCAACCAUGGGGGUGUAAGGAUACAUUUAAGAGUGUCAUUUGCCGCUCUACAAGCUGGCAAAGCUGGUAGAGGACAACUUGGGAAGAAGACUGAGAUACACUUCUUUGAGUCAGAUGUAUUUAAGGUAAGUGGUAAAAAAGAAAUCAAAAGAGUUUUAAGAAGAGACUUCAAUAUUAAUGAGCUUGCGGAUGAAAUGAAAUCUCUGGGAGUUGGAGGACUAGGGAAUCAGCUCAAAGAUGUCUUCUUCAAGCUAGUUGUCCCUCGCUUUAUGCCGGCGGAUUUUACAAGAGAGAUUCGCUACAAACAUCAACAAGGCUUAAUUAUCCAUGGACCACCUGGAACAGGGAAAACCUUGGUAGCACGAGCCAUAUCGAAAAUUCUCAACGGAAAGCUACAGGUUGUGAGAGGUCCCGAGCUGUUUAAUCAAUUUGUCGGAACAACUGAGCGCCAGAUAAGAGAUAUUUUCAGUUCAGCCAUUAAAGAUUUUAGAGAGAAAGGUACCGAAAGUCCUCUUCAUGUGAUAGUCAUUGAUGAACUAGAUUCCAUUGCAAGGGAAAGAGGAACAAAUUCGUCAGACACAAUAGCUGAUAGGGUUGUGAAUCAAUUAUUGACAAUGAUUGAUGGUUAUAGUGGCUUACACAACAUCUUGCUUGUUGGGACAACAAAUAGGCUAGAGUUGAUUGAUAAGGCGUUGCUGAGGCCGGGAAGAUUUGAUUUGCACCUGAAAGUAGGUCUUCCAGAUAGAGAGGGGCGAUUGGAAAUUCUGAGAAUUAUUGUAAAAAGAAUGCAAUGGGCAGGCACAUUAGGUCCAGAUGUGGACCUCCCAGCAAUUGCUGGAUUAACAGAUGGAUUUAGUGGAGCUGACCUUGAGGCGUUGAUCCAGACAGCAUUCUCCCGUGCUAUGAAUCGAUAUGUGCAACCGAAUAUAGCUAAAACCAAAUGGGAAGAUAUUAAAAUUGUGCAGCUGGAUAUUGAGAGGGCAAUUUAUGAACUUACAUCGCAAAGAGAAGGAAUUCAACGACCAGAGUCUUGAAUACAUCAAUAUCCAAACAUAUGGAUAGAAGUGAUUAGAGGUCCCUUGGCUCAUGCAAGACUUACAAACAUUGUCUUUAUGUUAAUUUUUGCGACUUUUAUUGCUCCAACAUCUUGCACCAUAUGCAUUAUUGUUGUCAGCAGUGAUGACUGAAGCAUUUGAAUUUUUUUUACUGCAAGGCUGAGAUGCCAUGGACAUGGAGGAUGUGGUUUGGGUCAUAAGUAUCUUCUCAUCUGGUGGAUACUUUGUCUCAAUAAUUGCGACUGAUUUAGAAUGAAACCUCUUAUUGGUUAGUUGUAUAAUCAUCUUCGCUAAAUUCAAGAGGAAAUUGUCCUUUAAUUCUAGUA